AUGGAUGCGCUCACUCCAGCGGGGCGUCCAUAUCGAUCGAAAAUAAAACGGCCGUGCGAUCGGUGUCGUACCAGGAAGACGGCGUGCAUCCUUCCAGAGAGCGGGCCUUGCAAGACUUGCUACCGGGCCGGAAACCCGUGCACGUUUGAACUGCAUGCGACUGCUCGACACCGGCGUCCUGGCACACGGUACCAAGCUCGUCGAACUCCCGACAGCUGCAGAAUGGAGGAGGUUCCAAUGCGGGAUCAAGCUCCCAACAAUAGUGGCCAUUCACACUCUGCGCCACCUAAUCAAGCAGCUGAUCGCUCUCAUUCAGUGCCUGAUAGAUGGAGAACGGAGUUCGAGAAUGAUCAACCGGGGCCUCAUGCUGGCAGUGCAGAAUAUCAGAGGUCAGACGUGGAUGUCAGUAUGCCUCCCUUAGGAUUACAAUCCCACCUGGGGUUGUCGCAGCAACUUCGGUUUGUUGGCAAUAACAAUGGAGUACCGACUGUUCAACGUAUCCGGUCACUGGAUCAGAUAGAUGGGUCAACCGCUCAGCUGUUUGGUAUGUCCUCCGAGUCAGACCCAUGGCUGCUCAGGCAUUGCCGAUAUGAUGAGUAUGGCAUGCGAAGUCUACAUCGAACUCACGUCCGGCAUGUGGGCGGAGUGCCGGUUGAAGGCCUGGUACCUGUUCAUUUCUUGGUGAUGGAAGAUGAUAUUCUGGCAUCCGCAAAAGAAGCUACUCGGUUCAGACCCGGAGGACCUGACAUGGCAAGGAACGAAUUGGAUGCAAUGGUAGCGCCUGAACAUGGGAGGCGAUUAGUUUCCUUAUUCCUCACAUUUGUCUUCCCAACCAUGCCGUCCACUUACUCGCGGCCAUUUACGCAUCGGCAUUUCCUUUCGCCGUUCACGACCCCAAUUUAUGCGUUUUUGCAGCAUAUGAGGAGCAUCUUUGUGCGCGUUUGUGGCGCAUGGUCUACGAACUUAUCGCCGAAGAAAUACACACCCCCAAAUUAUCCGUUCUGCAGGCCUCGUUACUCUAUCUCCAACAAAUGCCGAGCGGGAGCCAACGUUCUGUCUCUGAUAGUCCGUUCAUUUGGUCAUUCCUGGGCUCCAUCGUCGCGCAGGCGGCCUCCCCUAGGUCUACAUCUCGAGCCGCGUCCAUGGGGCAUUCCUGCGUGGGAGAAAAGGCUUCGCAGGAGAUUAUGGUGGGCUGUGUAUCUGGAGGAUAAAUGGCGAAGCCUGCUGAUGGGUCGACCUCCAUUUAUUCACCACGAGGACUUUGACGUGUUCGAGCUUGACGGUAAUGACUUUGUGGUGGAUGGAAAUCCAGCGGGAUAUUUUAAUACACUCAGGGACUACCACUGCGAACCGAUCUUUAUUCAUGCGACGAAAUUAGCCCGCGUGGUGGAGAAGAUGCAUCGGACGUUCUACACCCUCAAGGCUUGUCAAAGACUCUCCGGUGAUUUCCGUGCCUCCAUCGACGCAGCACGGCCCAUCCGCACCCAACUGCAGAACUGGUACUCCUCGCUCCCGGACAGUCUACACCUCAACUCCAGGCUGGACAACUCCAGGCUGGACACCAACGCCCACACGAACUACGGUCGAGUAGAAGGCACCGCAGGUCUUCACUUUUCGUACUUGGUCCUUGAGAUGUUCCUGUACCGCGCCAUCCUGCGUUCUCUUGCCAGCUCACCCCAGCCGCCGCCAAUCUCGGAAGACCAAGAUCCCGCGCAAGAUCCUCGCCAGGAUCCUCCCCAGGAUCCUCCACCGAUACGCUCCCCAUGGUUUCUGGAAAACCUGACUUUCGACGGGCAUGGAUUCGACCAGCUCCCGGCCUCAAAUUUCUUAGAGCUUGGGGAGGCUGCCGAGGCCACGGUGAAUGCCGCGGAAAAGUGCGCUGCCAUUAUCGUCAAUUUUGUUGGGACUUUGCUUCCUCGGGAUUUCGGAUCGUUUUGGCAUCCUUGUAAUAACGUUUCUCCUCUUACCCUCACUCCAACAUCUUUCAAAGUUACCUGA